AUGGUUCGAGAUGGGAAUAGGAUAUUUCUAAACAGUAAUACUUUAACAGCACGUUACAAGUAUUUAUUAUUCCUCUCAAUUAUAUGUAGUGGGAGUUUUUUCUUCAUGGCUCUAGUAAACAAUAACGAUACUGUAUAUUAUAAAAAUGAAGAUUUUCAAUUAUACAUGAAAGAUGAAGAGAAAGUGGGCUAUCAAAAACAAUUUACAAUUAAAACUAAAGGUUGUACAAUACCUGGAAUGACUCCGUUUGAUGAUUCUAUCAAUCAGUUCGUAGAAUAUCCUAAAACAAUAAAAAAAUGCAAAGAACACAAUAUUUCCCUUGUAGAACAUAAUAAAACACAUAUAUGGAUAAAUAAAAACAAGAUAUCUAAAUAUAAUAUAAGCCUCGACGACGACAAGCUCCUAUGUUGUUAUAAAGCAUUCUAUCGUCCAAAAUUUGUAACAGAUAUCCAUUCAUCGUGGGUUGAUGACAGAGUUGAAUAUCAAAAGUGUAUUUAUUUUUUUGAACUAGUAGAAGUAAAAGACGAAUUUGUAAGAAUCAGUUGCGUUUAUGAAGACCAAUUUAUUUUUGAUGAUUAUUUUGUUUUCGCUAUUAAGAAAGACUUUAUAGUACACAAUGAUAAAACGGAAAUUUUAAAAAACAAAACAGCUUAUAACGUUUUAAUAAUGGGAAUCGAUGCAGUAUCAAGAUUAAACUUUUACAGAACAAUGCCAAAAACAGUGAACUAUUUAAAAACUAUGGGAGCAAUAGAUUUAGCUGGAUAUAAUAAAGUUGGUGACAACACAUUUCCCAAUUUAAUUCCAAUGUUAUUAGGAAUGACACCCGAUGAACUAAGAAAAACUUGUCUCCCGCAUAAAAAAGCAACAUUUGAUAAUUGUCCAUUUAUUUGGGAAUGGUUUAAGCAAGCUGGUUAUUACACAGCUCUUGGAGAAGACAGUUCAAGUCUAGGAACAUUUAAUUACUUAAGAGUAGGAUUUGUCGAUACCCCCACGGACUAUUACCUACAUACAUUUUUUAAUGAAGCUGAAAAAGAAGGUGGAAAUAAUCAUGAUUUCAAUUCGUACUUAUGUUUAAACAACAAAUAUUUUUAUAAUGUACUUUUAGAUUACAUUGAAAAUUUAACAAGUACACUUAAAUCUUCGAAAUUGUUUGGCUUCUUUUGGGAAAUUACAAUGAGUCAUGAUUAUCUGAAUUACCCAAUGAUAAUGGAUGCCGAUUAUGUACAUUUUUUUAAAAGACUAGACAAUUCUAAUUAUUUAAAAGAUACUAUUUUAUUUUUAGUUAGUGACCAUGGCAUACGAUGGGGUGAUAUUAGAUCAACAAAGCAAGGAUAUUUAGAAGAAAGAUUGCCCUUUGUAUUCAUGUUAGUUCCGCCAUCAUUCCGUAAAAUAUAUACUGAAGCAUACAAUAAUAUCAAAUUAAAUAGUAAACGGCUUACUACGCCUUUCGAUAUACAUGCGACAUUGUCGGAUUUGAUUGACUUAGAAAAUAUAGAAAAUGAUAAAAUUAAAUCUCGAGAAGAAAUGUCCUACGGAUACAAUAGAGGUAUUAGCUUAUUUUUACCUAUACCAAGUAAUAGGACAUGUAAAAUAGCCGGCAUUAAAGACCAUUGGUGCACUUGUCAACGAGAUAAGAAAAUCCCAAAUAACAGUGCUAAAGCAGUUGCAGCAUCUAAGCAUCUAUUGAAAUAUCUGAAUAAAAUUUUAUCGGAACACAUAAAAUGUGCUCCACUCAAACUUGUAGAAAUAAUAGAGGCAACAGAAAAGAUCGCUGGUGACACAAUAAGGAAUGAGAUAGGAUGGCGAGAGUUUAUGACAGUAGUACGCACCAAGCCAGGCAACGGUGUUUUUGAAGGUACUCUUCGUCUUAGUAAUAGAGAGUGGUCGACUGCCGGCAGCGUCAGUCGUUUGAAUUUAUACGGUAAUCAAAGUUACUGCGUAGAUGACAAUGUUAUUAAAUUAUAUUGUUACUGUUUAGAUACAUCAUAAAGUUAUACAUGUGUUCAAAGUGAAAAGUAUAAUAUAAUACAUAGUCGAACACAAACUAUAAUAAGUGUUACUGAAGUGCUUUUACAUAAAAAACAAUUGUAAAUAUUUACAAUA